UUAUAGCUUUGACCCCUCUGCCCUUUUCUCUCCCCUCUUGCUUUCUCUCUCCUUUCCGAGCUCUUUCUACAGUGCUUUUGCUUUCUUCCCCUUUUCCAUUGUCAAGCAGCAGCAGCACCAAAAGUGGAAGCCUCUGAUUCUCCCCUCCAUCCCCUCUAAUUUGUUCAGGACAUUAUUCUCUGGAUGGGAAGACAAAAGACACGAGUAAUUGGUCAUCAAUGAAUUGUCUCAAAUCCGAUUUGUUUUGAAGCUCAUUCUUGCCUCUGAUGGCGUCGAAAACGGGUUCGAAACCUUCUGCAAAGCAAAAUAAGGUGAUAGCCGAUGUUAAAGCGACCGAUGCAAGCGAUCUAAGGUCCUUACCUUCACAGGCUUCAUUGGAAAACAAACUUGGUUCAGCUCUCUCUGGAGAUGUAUCAAAAAACUCCAUACAGAGAUCCUCGAAUCGGUCUACCUUGACCGAUGUGUCUAGUGCUAAAUCUUCGAGUUUGAAUCCUAAAGAGUCUAUUGAGUCUUGUACUCAGAAAGUGAAAGAAAGUUCCUCAAAGCCUGGCCCGAAGACGAUGAAAGAAGGAGAUCUUGCUCUUGGUGGGACUCGGGCCGCGGCAGAGGACUCUAUAGAUCAAGAGAAGAAAACAUCAGAAUGUGGGAGUGGGAAGGACAGUUCUGUUUCUGCUGCCAAAGUAAGUGAUGGGACGAACAGUCUUGCCAAGACCAGUGGAAGUGCAAAAAUCAGCGACCGUGUCGAGUUAGUCGAGAGUGGCAAGAGCAGUAUGUGUCGAGGAAGCACGAGUAGCGAUAUCAGUGAUGAAAGUACCUGUAGCAGCUUCAGUAGUAGUAUCAGUAAGCCUCACAAAGCCAAUGACUUGAGAUGGGAGGCCAUCCAAGCUGUACGUGCGAGGGACGGGUUAUUGGGAUUAGGCCAUUUUAGACUGUUGAAGAGACUGGGUUGCGGGGAUAUCGGAAGCGUCUACCUGUCGGAGUUGAGUGGCACUAAAUGUUAUUUCGCAAUGAAAGUCAUGGACAAAGGGUCUCUAGCAAGUCGGAAGAAGUUGCUUCGCGCUCAGACCGAACGAGAAAUAUUGCAGUCUCUUGAUCAUCCAUUCCUUCCCACAUUGUAUACCCAUUUCGAAACCGAUAAGUUCUCGUGCUUGGUGAUGGAGUUCUGCCCCGGAGGAGACUUGCACACUCUAAGGCAGAGACAGCAAGGGAAGCAUUUUACCGAACAGGCAGUGAAAUUUUAUGUAGCAGAGGUCCUUCUAGCACUCGAGUAUCUUCACAUGCUCGGGAUCGUAUACCGAGACCUUAAGCCUGAAAAUGUUCUUGUGAGGGAAGAUGGACACAUAAUGCUUUCGGACUUCGAUCUUUCCCUAAGAUGUGCUGUUAGUCCGACGUUGGUGAAGGGCUCAUGUUCUGAGUCUGAACCCUUGAGAAAGAAUCCUGUUUAUUGUGUCCAGCCGGCUUGUAUCGAACCUUCCUGCAUCCAGCCAUCUUGUGUAGUUCCCACGACGUGCUUCUCUCCCCGAAUCUUUUCUAGCAAGUCGAAGAAGGAUAGAAAGCCCAAGACUGAAAUAGGAAACCAGGUUACGCCAUUGCCAGAGCUCAUUGCAGAGCCUACAGAGGCCAGAUCAAUGUCAUUUGUUGGUACACAUGAGUAUUUGGCACCGGAGAUCAUAAAGGGUGAAGGUCAUGGAAGUGCUGUCGACUGGUGGACUUUCGGAAUCUUUUUAUACGAACUGUUGUUUGGAAAAACUCCUUUUAAGGGAUCUGGGAAUCGAGCCACGCUAUUUAACGUCGUUGGUCAGCCUUUGCGGUUUCCUGAAUCACCAGUUGUAAGUUUUGCUGCUAGGGAUCUCAUCAGGGGCUUGCUUGUCAAGGAACCACAGCAUAGAUUAGCUUACAAAAGAGGGGCAACUGAAAUCAAGCAACAUCCAUUUUUUGAAGGUGUCAAUUGGGCAUUGAUACGAUGUGCUUCACCACCUGAAGUACCGAAGCCUGUCGAGAUCGAGAGGAUACCCUCAACAGCACCUCCAGUCAGUGGAAAAGCUGUAAUGCCUAGACCUGGUCCUGAUUCCAAAUCGCCCGAUAAUUAUCUCGAGUUUGAUUUCUUUUAGUAAUGGUACACAUGAUGAACGGCGUUCUCAGAAAACAGGUUUGAAUCAUUCUGCCGAAGUCGAAGUUCAGUUAUUGAUAGAUGGGGUGAUGAAUUGUACUUGUUUUUGCCUGUCAACAAUUUCAAUUUUCUCUUUGCAUAAGUUAUUGUAUGUACUUUUUGCCA